GGGGAGGGCGAGCAUCCUGUCGCCGCCGCAUUCAGUCCCUCGAGCACACACGUCGCAAUUGGAUAUCGGACCCGGAUGAUCCACAUUUGGGUCACGGCGACUGGACAGGAGCCUCUGCUCUUGAAAGCGCACCAACGCUGGGUGAACGAUGUGCUAUUCUCCCCGGACGGUCAACUGCUGCUCUCAGUGUCGAACGAUACGACGGUGAAGAUAUGGAAUGCGAGCACUGGUGUCCUGGUCCAGGCGCUUUACGGGCACCAGUGGGAGGUGUACAGUGCGUGCUUCUCCCCGUGUGGGAAGUAUAUCGCCUCUGCAUCUUCUGACAAGACGGUGAAGCUAUGGAGGACGAGCGAUGGAGCAUGCUUGGCGACGCUCUCCGACCAUAGCGAUUUGGUCCAGAAAGUUACGUUUACUAUUGGCGGG